CUCUCGUCCCACUUAUAAGUACACAGACGGAAACAAAGAGCUCACAGUUACUAUCAGUUAAUACUCAACGCUGCAGUGAAAACAAGUGAAUAUGGUCAACCAUGUCAAAAAUGUAUUGCAAAAAUUACAGGACAACAAGCUCUUUGCCAAACGAGAAAAGUGUGCAUUUGACCUGCCUCAAUUAGAUUAUUUGGGCUACAGAAUCUCCACAGAAAGCAUACAGAUGGAUCCAGCAAAGAAACUCCUCCUCAGCCUGACGGUGUUCUGUACUAUCUUCAGCUUGUGUUAUGGAUCUUGCGGUCGACAAUUACUUCACCCCAAAAUUGUUAAUGGGAAAAAAGUGAUGGAGUGCACUGACUUUUCUGAUAGAAGUGUUCAUCCCGUGGGGUCAACGUGGAAUUCAGAGAAUUGCAUGCAAUGCUCCUGUGGGUGGAAAGAGAUGGUCUGCUGCUCCAGGUAUGGUGGCAUCAGCGUCAUGCAAGGAUGUAUCACUAAGGAAGACCCAGAAACAUGCACCUACAAGUACUACAGGAUUGAUGAUCCUUCCGUCCCAUGUUAAAUAUAUGAUCAAUGUUAGGGACUGACAUCAGUAAACCUGAUUGGCUCAAAAUGUCCUGGCAUUUUAAAAUGUUUGCCUAAAAAUAAAACAGAAUAAAGGGGAAAUUACCAAUAAAACAAUAGUGAAAGGAACAAAAGAAAACAAUAAUAAAUUAAAAUAAAAUCAAGAGAGGAUUUGACAUCUCAAUUGUCAGAUUCAGCCGGCGCAGCACGGUGAAUGCCGCUGCGCAGCUGCUCAGUUUUGCCUAGUCAAUUUCACUGCCUGGGCGCUAGCAGUGGAAAGGGGAAAUUAAAACCGCGAGCUGAUUGCUGACAGGUGGCAGUGCUUAACUCAAACCGCAAGCGGAUACUUUAUAUCAGCGCCAGCUUCCCUCGAGCGCUGCAGACAAAGGGAAGCUCAGCGACUCAGAAGUGCAGCGAUCAGUGCACGAUUGAGAACUCCCGGCUUUACGCACAACAGGAAAACCCAACAAAGACAA